AGAUAUUCGGACCGCAGCUGUGGAAAGGAGCGACGCCAACUCUGAUCAUGUCGACGACCGCUACUAUCGCCGAGUAUCAAGCCCAGAAUAAAGCCAAGCUCAUCUCUGAGGUUCGACGGAGGUUUGAAGCUGAGUAUGUGACAGAUAAGUCAGAUAAGUAUGAUUCACGUGAUGUUGAAAGACUACAGCAAGAUGAUAACUGGAUUGAAAGUUACUUGGCUUGGAGGCAUAAUGUCGUAGAUGAAACACUGAAGAUGCUUGAUGAGAGUUUUCAGUGGAGGAAAGAAAUGGCUGUCAAUGACCUGACCGAAGCCUCCAUUCCCAGGUGGCUAUUGGAAAUUGGUGGCAUUUAUCUCCAUGGUUAUGACAAAGAAGGCAACAAGUUGUUCUGGAUCAGGGUGAAGUACCAUAUAAAAGACCAUAAGACCAUAUUGGACAAAAAGAAGCUUAUUGCAUUCUGGUUGGAACGGUAUGCUAAGAGAGAAAAUGGGAAGCCUGUUACAGUGAUGUUUGACCUGUCAGAGACUGGACUAAAUAGCAUAGACAUGGACUUUGUACGCUUUAUCAUCAACUGCUUUAAGGUUUAUUACCCCAAAUACCUCUCAAAAAUGGUGAUCUUUGAUAUGCCUUGGAUAAUGAACGCUGCUUUCAAAAUUGUGAAAACCUGGCUUGGUCCAGAAGCAGUGAGUUUGUUGAAGUUUACGAGUAAAAAUGACAUCCAAGACUAUGUCAGUGUAGAAUACCUGCCUCCUCACAUGGGUGGAACUGAUCCUUUCAAGUAUAGCUACCCACCACUUGUAGAUGAUGAUUUCCAAACACCAUUGUGUGAAAAUGGGCCUAUUGCCAGUGAGGAUGAAGCUUCAAGUAAAGAAGAUAUAGAAAGUGAUGGCAAAGAUACCUUGGAAACAAUUUCUAAUGAAGAACAAACAACUCUUCCUAAAAAGGGUAACAUAAUGGAACCUACUUCCAAAGCAGAUGAGAAUGAAAAAGUUGAUUCCAAAAUGAAAACUUUCAAGAAACCACUGAGUGUGUUUAAAGGGCCCUUAUUACACAUCAGCCCAGCAGAAGAACUCUAUUUUGGAAGUACAGACUCAGGAGAGAAGAAAGCUUUGAUAGUUUUGACAAAUGUAACAAAAAACAUAGUGGCAUUUAAGGUGAGAACAACUGCUCCAGAAAAGUACAGAGUCAAGCCCAGCAAUAGCAGUUGUGACCCUGGUGCAUCAGUUGAUAUAGUUGUGUCUCCCCAUGGCGGUUUAACAGUCUCUGCCCAAGACCGUUUUCUGGUAAUGGCUGCAGAAAUGGAACAGACAUCUGGCACGGGUCCAGCAGAAUUAACUCAGUUUUGGAAGGAAGUUCCUAGAAACAAAGUGAUGGAGCACAGGUUACGAUGCCAUAUUGUUGAGAGCUAUAAACCAUCUAGUCUGACAUGGAAAGAUCACGCCUUUAACAUGUCAGUUAAAACCAGCGAAGACCUCUGCCAUCAGCUCAGUCGUUUGGUAGCGAGCACUAGGAAGCUUGAAGACGAAGUCCAACAAUGUAUCCGGUUCCAGCAGCUGCUACUUGCUCUAACUGUGCUCUUGCUUACCUUUAUGGUUUCUUUUUUCUAUCUGUUGCACGGUUAAAGAAGUGGGCCUUAGUGGGAGCAAGUGUCGCACAUCUGUGCUUCCACCAGAAUUGAAACAUUCUUGAAAUAAACUAGUAGAA